UCAGUAAUCUCUUAAUCAUGAGGAGACUUGUAAGUUGUAACUCCUUAGUCCUUAUUAUCAUAUGCUCUAACGGCCUAAGAUUAGAACUUUAGAAGUUAGCGCUCAGACUGGUCACUGGAGUAGCUACUUACCUAGGGCUGCAACAAUGACGAAGCCUCGUGGAGAAGAGGAGGAGGAUGCCUCUUGUGAAUCAACUCGUGGUAAAGAAAGCAAAUUCGUCGCUGAGCGUUCUGAUUCAGGUAUGGAUGGCAAUAAAAAUACAAGUGGCAGUGGCAGCGGCAAUGCUAAUAGCAGUAGUGAAAGCCUAGCUAAUGAUUCAGGAAAAAAUGACGCAAAUCGCAAUCGGGCUGGGGGUCGAGGCCGCUACAGAGUUCCCAGCAAUUUUUGUCGUGAUUACAUCUUUUACUCGUGCAAGCGCAGAGGCUGCAAAUUUAUUCACCCGGAAGUUGACUCAGCUGAGUACAAGGAAGCAAGAGCUAGCCGCCCUGAGCUUGCCCAUAGGGAGCGCGAGCGCAGCCGCAGCCCUUUGCCCGAGAUGGAGAGUAGUGGCCCGCCAACAGUUUGCCGCGACUUCCUGCGCAACAUGUGCUAUCGUGGCAAAGACUGCCGCUAUAAUCAUCCCUCCGAUGGCGAAAAGGAGGACCUGCCAUGGCCACAGCUCUGCAUUGAUUACCGCUCUGGCAACUGCAAGCGCUAUGACUGCAGGUUUCUUCACUUCACUACUGACGAUGAGGAAUACUUCCUGAGGACUGGCACUGUUCGCCGUGAGCUAUGGCAGCAUUUUAUAAGCAUCACUUUGAAGGACUCCAAGCUGCUCAAGAGCAGACCUGUGUGCAAGCUGUUCAUGCAGAGCGGCGAAUGUUCUAUGGACGUGUGCCGAUACCGGCAUGUGUCGCAGCGCGAAUACGAAGAGGAAAUGUUCCACGUGAUCUGUCAAAUGGUGUUUGAGAAAUGUCGGCGCACGAAUCCCGAAAUUCCUCCACCCUCAGCCAGUCUUCCGCCGCCGUUGGAUGCUGACAUUCCGCCUCGUCCGGCUCCGUUCCAUGACUAUGAGCACGAGCCUGGCCGGCGUGACUAUGAUUGGCAGCAGCCUGCACCGCCACGUGAUCCGUAUGGCUUCCCUAAGUCUUUGCCUGAUGUCAUGCCGCGGGAAGUUGACCAAUUGACUAGGGAAAACAUGGACUUGCGGCGCAUAAUUAGCGAAGACAGCGCGCGUUUCAAAACCGACAUUGACCGACUUAACAUGGAUAAUGCCAAACUCCAGGAGCAACUGAACUACAUGAAGUCGAGUGGUUCAGGCCUGCCUCCGCAGAUGUCCAUGCUGCAGCAGGAGCACGCUGAGCUCAGUGCUAAAGUUAAGAGCAUCAGCGACUGGAAUGUUGAAUUGCAGGCAAAAUUUAGCACUGCGCGCCGCGAGUGCGAUGAAAUGCGAGAUUCUGUGAAGGUUCUGAACCUGGAGCUCGCCACCGUCAAUGAGGAGAAAAUAAAACUCAAGCGCAAGUCUGACGAACUCGAAGCUAAGCUGCAAGUGGCACAGGCUGGGAAGGAAGAAGCCAACUUGGCUGUCGAGAAAAAAGAAUACCUCGAGUCCAAGUUGCGGCAAUACUACGAGGCUAUGAAGCGAUGCGAGGCUGAGUUUGUGUCGGUGCUUGAGAAGAAUUUCCACAUCAGCACUCCAAAUGUGAUGUCAUAUUUCCCUUCCUGGGGCUACCUAAUGUCUUUUGUCACGGACAUCGUGUCGCAGAUCAACAGCACCGUCAGUACUCCUUCUGCAUCAAUAACCAGCGGAGUUACUUCAAGUUACGCGUACGGAGGUUAUAGUUUACCUCCUCCUUCAGUUUCAAGCUCUGCGCCGUACGGGAACUACCCGCCUACAGAUUUCAAUAACGCAUCGGCUGGUAAUACUGCAUCCUUCUCGGCUCCUCCAUCUCAAGCAGCAAGCGCUUACAGCAACAACUCAAACUCCGGUUACGGCAACAACAGCAAUGCUUACGGUUACGGCACAAGUUACGACGGUUCCUAUGGAAAUCUUGGGAAUUACAACACCACGACGAGCGGCCCUCCGCCUGCCUCCGGUGUGACUUCUGGCGCUGCAGACGCUCGCAAGGUGGGCGUCAAAAAAGACAAUCACCUCGCUCCUCCGCCCUGGAAAAACGACAACAUCAAGCGAGACAGACACAUGUAAUUUAACAUAGUUUUUAGAUGCAAGUAUAAUUUAGCUCUUAGUAAGUUGUAGUUUCGAGAUUAAAUUAGAUGCAAUAUGUUCUCUAAUGCCAGGUGCACGCGGUCUCAUUGACUAGGUUUAGUUAUAGCAAUAAUUUGUUGCUUUUUUCGUACUUCAAGUCUACUUCCAUGUAAAGCAUUUCACUCGGCAUGUUCGAACUGUAAAAAAACUGGGCCGAAAUUGAAGCUAAUCUGCUGUAUUACGAUUGGAGUUAAAUUUAUUUCAAAGGGUUAACUUUGUCCGUUGAAAUUUGCAGUUCGUGUAGAUAAAAUGGUUGGGCAUUCCAUUUCACAUUAAUAAAUGACAUCGAUUGUGCGAAAUUCGUGCUGUGCUGCAUUGUUCUGAAUUGACAUGUUCUAUGAUGCCGGGUGGAAUGAUUUUACUCGACGAGUCCCCUCAGUUACUUCUUGUUUCAGAAUCUGCUUUACGCAUAAAAGUCACCUGCCUUGAUUACAGCUGCUUGGUUGUUCCUAUGGUCAUGUGAGGCAACGGUAUUCCCAAUGGAUAAACUGUUCGAUUUUUCUCUUGAUAUUCGACACUCCCGUUUUGAUUAUUGAUGAAAUGUGAAGUAAAUGAGCAUGAGGUUCUGAGCUUUUUAUGGCUAACAUUUUCUUUUUAGUGUGACGAAGUUAAUUUUCUCCAAUUCUGCCGCGUUUGUCGAUGUAACUCUGUUUACUUUUAUCUAUUAAAGCUUAUUGAUUACAAAUAAUAUUAAUUUAUUUAUUAACAAUUUGGGACGUUCACGGAAAUGAACACUCUGGGCAUCUGUACAAUAUUACCAGAGAGAGUUUCUCAAAAGGUCAGAGCGACACUGUUGCGAACAGUAAAUUCCAAGUUAUUGGUACGUAUCGUGUCCUGAAAAGGUUUAUUAAAUUAAUUUAUAGUAUCGCUCUAGAUUAUUAUAAUUUGGUGACGUCGCAUGUUUUUUUCCAUAAUAAAUAUUCGUAAACUC